AUGCUGCCAGGAGCAGGAGUGACUGUCUGGUUAGCGCUUCCAGCACUUCUGCUAGCUGCCGAGGACCUGGACUCCAGCACUUGCCUCACCCUCGACCCAUUUGACAGCGCGCUGCCCCAGACCACACCCUCACCCUACACUCUCUCCUGUAGUAAGACUGGGAAGAUAACGAACCAGGACUACAUCAUCUUCACCAUCAAGUCCUCGCGACCUCGGUUCGACUUCCGAAGGUUCGUGGUGCAGGCACUGGACAGCGAGAGCGGUGUGGCCGUGGGCAUGUUCGUGGACACAGGAGACGCCGACAUCACCGUAGUCAACUGUUUUGGUCGUUCUGAGAAUACUGCGAUAGAGUUCGAUACGGAGCCGAAGACAGAAGCGCGCAUGAGAUGGAUGCAUGACUUUGACUACGCAGGCAAUAUCACAUUCUUGGCCACAAUAGUCCAGUCUGGGGAGAUAUUCUGGCUGAGAGAGAAGGGAGAUUCAAUCUCUAUAUACAACCCGUGGUAGAACUUUACAUAUUGUUAGUGUAUGUUUGUAUAUUUUCUUUACUGUAA